AUGCUGCUCGUCUUCUUCUUCUUCUUCCUCUCUGUACAGGCCAAUGUGGUUGCCGCACCCUCUAACCUCACUCACUACCCUUCCUUUCGCAUCUCCGGGUCUCCACUCAAUGGGACCAGGCUCAUUCCAUUGACAAGCGAGCUGAGAUCCGAAAGCAGCAAUCAGAACUUUAACAUCUCGGGCACUGCCACCCAAGUCACCUCAGGCAAUUCCCUGGAUUUAAAACCAUCGGAAAUCGCUCUCAUCUCCUGCGAUUCCGACUUCUACACCGGAAAUCUCGGCGUUGACGACAACAUUGAAUACGUCACCUCUGCUCAAUCUGCUGCCGCGCUGGUGCUUUACAGCCAAUCCGCGCUCUCUUGUAAUUUGACAGUCGAUGAGACCGCCAAUCGAUAUCGUAAUAUAUUUUCCAUCUAUAGCCGGGACAUCGCUUCCGCUUUGCAGAGUACCUGGAACGAAUCUCAUCCGCUCAUCAGCAUCGUCUCCAUGUCGUCCUUCAAUGUGCCCACCGACUCUGGGGGUGGAGGAGACACCGGAGGCUCCGGUGACAGCCCCAACACAGCCAUGAUCAUUUUGUACAGUAUCACCGGCAUCAUUACAGCAUUGUUCUUGGGUAUCAUCAUCACAGGUGCCGUUCGGGCGCAUCGCCAUCCUGAACGGUACGGACCUCGCCGAAUUGCCGGGCGAGUCCGGCAGAGUCGAGCGAGAGGUAUAGCUCGAGCCAUGCUGGAUACCAUCCCGGUUGUCAAAUAUGAUGACAAGCCGGACGAUGUGGAAGCCGCUAAGCGCGACGUCGAAUUGAACCCGGAGGAUUCUACUCAUGCCUCCCCGAGAGGAAACGGCAUCACGGAGCCCACCACCCCCGUAUCUGAAGUGUCAACCCCGGACGGAGAGGAGAGACCCACCCCGACCGCUCCAGAGGCCAAGAGUGAAACGGUGCCCGACGCUGGUAAUCUCUCAUGUCCGAUUUGCACGGAUGAUUUCAUUAAGGGCCAAGACCUACGUGUUCUGCCCUGCAACCACCAAUUCCACAUGGAAUGCAUUGACCCCUGGCUGAUGAAUGUUUCUGGCACUUGCCCUCUCUGUCGUAUUGACCUCAACCCGCCCCAGGCAGAGACCGAGCAGACAGAAAAUGGUGAGAAUGCUGGAAACACAGAAAGCACAGGAAACACAGAAAAUACGAGCACUCCAGAGGUAGCCGCGCAACCUGAAGCCACUCAAACCCGACACAGCCGCCGUCUGACCAACUACCUCCACGGGCCCCUCAACGCCCGUCGUAUGCGCGACGCAACAGUGGAAGAGCGCCUCGCCGCCCUCCGUCGUGUUCGCGAAGCCAACCAAUCCGAAAAUGAAGAAGGCCGACGGACCCGUCUGACGACCCGACUGCGCGAGCGCUUCCGUAUCCGAACACGCGCUCACGGCGAGGCUGAGGCCGAGGCCGAGGUUCCCACCGCUCCUGCGCCUGCUCACAUGCCUCCUUCCACUGCAUGA